UUUCCGACGAGCGGAGGAAAAACAGCACAUUGAUCGCUUCAGGCCUCCAACGCGAAUAAACAACCGCACUGUACAUCCGAGCGUCACCCGGGGUAAGUCCUCCGGAGCGUUAGCCGCCCGGCGACACUCAUCAUUUAGCUGAAACGAAUAUGUCUGAUUAAAAGAGCAUUUUAAUGCGCGAUUUGAUGACGUAACGACAAUGGUCCCGAAAACAAAUGGCGAAUGCGUUAGCAGCCACAGGCCUUGCGCGCGGAUAACAUGAAGCUGGCCAGCGCACGGUGCUGCUUUUGCCGUUUUUAUAUUUCUCUCUGGGUCGUGCAAGUACUUGGCUUUUGCGGCUGUUUAACCUGCUGGAUGUAAAGUUGGCCGCCUGGCUCCCCGCAGAAAUGCGCGCUAAUUCGGCAUGUUACUUAGAUAUGCCCGCUACUCUGUGGAUAUGUUGGCAUAGGGGCGAUUACAAAUACUUGCAUGCGCAGGGAAAGGGCUGAACCAUGUCUGUUGAUGGAGAUGUUGACUAUGGGCAUGAGUUUCCAGCUCAUUAUAAAGUGAUGCUUGACAAACUGAAUGAGCAACGUCAGCUGGAUCAGUUCACUGACAUCACUCUCAUUGUGGAUGGCCAUCAGUUUAGAGCCCACAAAGCUGUUCUGGCUGCCUGCAGUCAGUUUUUCCACAAAUUCUUUCAGGACUUCACUCAAGAGCCUCUAGUGGAGAUUGAAGGUGUUAGCAACUCUGCCUUUCGCCAUCUAAUGGAGUUCACUUAUACAGCUACAUUAGCUGUGAAUGGUGAGGAGGAAGUCAGUGAUGUCUGGCGAGCUGCAGAAUACCUUCAAAUGCAGGAGGCAAUCAAAGCCUUAAACAACAGAAGGAAUGGUACUACCUCCCCCCAGCCCGGAAAGAGCAAGGCUAAGAAGAGGAAGAUAUCAGAGACCUCCAAUGUAAUCACUGAAUCUCUUCCUUCAGCGGACACAGAAGCUGUUGAAAUUGAGGUGGAAGUUGGCGAGGAGCACAUCGAGGUUGAGGAAAGCGGUCUGGUGGAGGUGGUGGACGUGGCCCGGGGCACCACUGUACCCUCUUCAGAUGACUCUGCUUUGGCUUUGCUGGCUGACAUCACUAGCAAGUACCAGCAGGGAGAGCAGACACUUCACGUCAUAAAAAAGGUUGAUGAGACUGUAGUUGUGCAGGAGGAGGCAGUGGUGGCCUCCAAGACACUGGAGAACAUUGAAGUGGUGGAGGUUCAGAUCUCUCAGCUCGACAACCUUUUCCGGUGCGAUAAGUGUGACCGCUGCUUCAAACUCUACUAUCACCUCAAACAGCACAUGAAGACUCAUAUCGCCUCCCCAGAAAGAGGCUUUGUUUGCAGACACUGUGGCAAAGCGUACGCCCGGGAAGGAGCCCUUAAACAGCACUUGAAUAAUUAUCAUUUUGAUGCGGAGGAACAGUCCCGACGGCAGAAAAAGAAAGUGCAUGUUUGCGAGUACUGUGAAAAGCAGUUUGAUCAUUUUGGACAUUUCAAAGAGCAUUUAAGGAAGCACACAGGUGAGAAACCCUUUGAGUGUCCCGAGUGCCAUGAACGUUUUGCAAGAAACAGUACGCUGAAGUGCCACAUGUCAGCAUGUCAAAAUGGCUCUGGAGCCAAAAAAGGACGAAAGAAGCUCUAUGAAUGCCAGGUUUGUAGCAGUGUUUUUAAUAGUUGGGAGCAGUUCAAGGAUCAUUUGGUGACCCACACGGGUGAGAAACCCAACCACUGCACCCUCUGCGACCUGUGGUUCACAUCACCCAGAGACCUCCACACUCACCUGCAGGAGCACCACAGCUUACAGGAGAAGGUAAUCGUGGCAGAGGACAUCUUGAUUUCAGACCCUGCUAAUGUCUUGUCUAUGGAGGAGGGCGAGGAGCGGGUGAUUCUGGAGGAUGGUAUACGGGUGGAGCACGUCACUGUGGAACCGGUGGACGUUGUAGCUGUUGAGGAGACUCUCGUGGUGGAGGAAGAGACGCAGAUACAGCCCUCUCAACCCGAGGGUGGAGUAGCAGAGACAGUGGUUUUACAGGUAGACAGUGAAAAAUUGAAAGAACAGGUGAUGGGGAUUCAAGUCGAACGGGAGACUGUUGCAGAACCAGCAGAAGCCAAACAAGAGCCUGCUAGCUGUGAAAAGACCGAGAAUGUAUGAAAGGCUGUACUUGGACGCUAUAAGAAUGAAUUGAGGAGGCUUUUUCUCCUUUUCCACCCUUUUAAAAUGAUACAAUAAAGCUCAUUGUGGAGUUGUCCAACAUA